AUGGCCAAGGUAUGGAACACUUUCGGUUGGAUAACCUUCAAAGAAUUUGGUCCCAAUAAGUUCCUACUGGAGUUCCAACUUUUGUCCGACAAGAAGAAAGUCCUGCAUGGCAGGCCUUGGUCCUUCGACCGCCAUCUUGUAUGCCUUAAGGAGUUUGAGAGUGACUUGUCUCCCUCCGAAGUGCAGUUCAAUUCAGAACCCUUCUGGGUACAAGCCCACAAUCUCCCCUUCGCAGGCAUGAACAGACAAUUGGGAGAAAGAAUAGGGGAAGCAAUUGGUAAGGUUCAUACGGUGGAAGUAGAUGACCAGGGUCAUGGGUGGGGAAGCUAUCUAAGAAUAAAAGUAGACGUGGAUGUAAACAAGCCUCUGGUGCGAGGCAGGAUGGUAAACUUGGGAGGCAAACAAUCUUGGUCACACUUCAAAUACGAACAACUGCCCAACUUUUGCUUCAAAUGUGGUCUACUCAAACAUGUUAAUGGAAAAUGCCCCAACUUUGAUCUGUCUAACCAAUCCCAAGAGCAGUACGGGCAAUGGAUGAGAGCUCCCAACUCAUUCCCACCUCAAGUUUCUGUGAAGAAGUAUGGAGGGACACCGGUAAACCCAACUCAGGGAUCACCUCACCGGAAGCAGUCAGAGAGAGAAGGUGAAGAGAGAGAGGGCCAAGGGACGUCACAAUCAGAAGAAGUGGUUGAGGAGGCAUGGUAG